GUAUUACGGUAACGACCAGUCAGCCAUUCAGGAUGCUCUGGUUUGACUUCUAGCCGAUGCGCCGAAUUAGCGACCACUUGGCUGUUUGUCACCCGAUCUGGCAGGCUGAGAAGACGUGACACCGUGAAUGGAAUAUGGAGUGUGUAAGUCCACCGAUUCCGGCAACUCUUGAAGAUCUUGACAGCAAAAAGGAUCCACUGAUUGAGGAUCCUGAGCAUAACGUGUACACCAGGUUCAUGAAGUCCCAUCGCUGUUAUGAUCUCGUACCCACCAGCUCCAAAUUGGUGGUUUUCGACACAUCCCUCCAGGUCAAGAAGGCAUUUUUUGCCCUUGUUUCCAAUGGGGUGAGGGCAGCUCCCCUAUGGGACAGUAACAAACAGUGCUUUGUUGGCAUGCUAACCAUCACAGACUUCAUUAACAUCCUUCAUCGCUACUAUAAAUCUCCUCUGGUGCAGAUUUAUGAGUUGGAAGAGCACAAAAUAGAAACAUGGAGAGAGCUGUAUCUUCAAGACUCUUUCAAGCCCUUGGUUAGCAUAUCCCCCAAUGCCAGCUUGUAUGACGCCGUAUCUUCGUUGCUCAAGAACAAGAUCCACAGACUGCCAGUCAUCGAUCCCCUGACGGGAAACACUCUCUACAUCCUGACACACAAGCGGAUUCUCAAGUUCUUGAAGCUCUUUAUAUCGGAGAUGCCAAAACCGACGUUCCUGGGUCAAACUUUGGAGGAGCUGAACAUUGGGACAUUCCAGAACAUCGCAGUGGUGCGCACAGAUACCCCUCUGUACACGGCGCUGGGUAUUUUUGUAGAGCAGCGUGUGUCUGCGCUCCCCGUGGUGGAUGACAAAGGUCGAGUGGUGGACAUUUACUCCAAAUUUGAUGUCAUUAACCUGGCAGCAGAGAAGACUUACAACAACCUCGACUUGACCGUGACCAAAGCCUUGCAGCACCGCUCUCAGUACUUCGAAGGGGUGCUGACCUGCAAUCGCCACGAGACGCUGGAAGCCAUCAUCAACAGACUGGUGGAGGCUGAGGUGCACAGGUUGGUGGUUGUGGACGAGCGGGAUGUGGUGAAGGGCAUCGUCUCACUCUCGGAUAUCCUCCAGGCACUCGUGCUCACCGAUAGAGAUGAGGGCACCGCAUGAGGCGAAAGAGAAGCGAGGUCGGAGCAAAGGGAGAAGGAAGUGACGUGAGGGAAUGUGGGGGAGGGGUUAGGAGAUUUUGACAGCCAAAUGAAUGAUCGUCAUCCCGUCUUUCCUGUUCACAUUCCUUCAUCUGUGCAUAAAUACUUUGCAGUUCACCACGUUUUACGAGGUGAGCAGUAACAACGUUGUUGGUAGCACAGCGAGCGACGCAGUUCCCGCCACCCGAGCCAAAUUUGACAACACCAAGGGAGCAAUGACAGCGCCAGAAUGCUCAUUUUAAUAUUGAAUAAUAGUCCUCUACCAGCUAAAGGAAAACCAAUUUGUGCAUGAGUAAGAUUUCUUCUCCUUUGUGGUGAGGCAAUCAACCCAUCCAGGGACAUCAAACUAUCUCUGUUGAUGUGCAAGUUAUACACUGAGCUAUUUUAUUUCUCAUCGAGGUUGACGCCCACUCUUUGUCAUACAAAUAUACUAAAGACAUCCUGUUGUACUGAGUGCGUCAUCACCCGAAAGUUGAGGUUUUAUGUAGUAAGUAUGAAUUGAAUUGUUUCGUAGCAAAUGAAGAACCUACCAACUUACCAACUUAACUACUAACUGUACAUCCAUAGACUCACGAAAGACGAUGAUGACAGUUUGGUGGUUGUUGUGUAUCACAGUUUUUAAAAGAAUUUACGUCUAGAUUCCAAAACCACAUCAAUUACUUGUUUUCUUACACAUACUAUAUUAAAAGGGAUUUGUAUUACCAUUGACGGUGCUGUGAAAUGGCUUUUUGGAAAGGGGUCCAACGUUUAAAUAGAGAUGGUCAAAGUUAGCCAUUAUUUCAUUGGGAUUUGUCAUUUGAAACAAAAACUGUUUCUGCAUUUAUUUAUGUUGCAUUUGAUGUAUAGCUUUUCUCUUCCUUCUGGGGAUAAGCAAAGAAUGAGUCACGCUUUCUGAUUUGAAGUUGUAUGGCAAUGCGGUUUUCGGAUCAAACUGCAGUCAAUUGUGGAGAGCAAUAAAUGUUCUUUUGAGAGUUUGUACGCGCUA